AAAAAAAAAAAAAUUGAGAGUUUUAAUUUGAAAGCUUACUCAGCCAGGCGGAGGGAGGCGGGGAAGAAAGGUUGACGGUUGCUUCCCACGUUCGGGACAGCGUUACAGCCGCCAUAGCCAAACCUUCAAACCUCAACCUCUCUCUCUCUCUCAAUCAAGCUUUUCAAUCGGAAUUCCAAUUCGCAACACCCUCUUUGAUGUAGAAAUCUCUCGUCGGAAUCGGGAGAGAAGAUUUGAAACCCUAAAUUUGGUGUUUGGUUAAGGAUGAGUAGCCAAGUCGCUCCGCCUCCUGGUCAGAGGAGGAACGCUCUCGCCCAGAAACGCUCUUCUUUGACGUCGAGCAGAAAGUCUGAGAACGGGAGCUCUAAUGGCAAUGUGGCGAAACCGGCUUCUCCUCCUCAGUUGACAUCUGCUGCUGGGGAAAGGACGGUGAAGAAGCUGAGGUUGUCGAAAGCGCUUACGAUUCCGGAGGGGACUACGGUUUCCGAAGCGUGUCGUCGGAUGGCUGCUCGUCGUGUUGAUGCUGUUCUGCUGACGGAUGCGAAUGCGUUGCUUUCGGGUAUUCUCACGGAUAAGGAUGUCGCCACCAGGGUGAUAGCGGAGGGGCUGAGGCCGGAGCAGACAGUUGUUUCAAAAAUCAUGACAAGGAAUCCAAUUUUUGUUACUUCAGAUUCACUUGCUAUUGAAGCCCUUCAGAAAAUGGUCCAGGGAAAAUUUAGGCAUCUUCCUGUUGUUGAAAAUGGUGAAGUUAUUGCUUUGUUGGAUAUUACAAAGUGCCUCUAUGAUGCCAUAUCGAGAAUGGAGAAGGCCGCAGAGCAGGGUAGUGCCAUUGCUGCUGCUGUUGAAGGGGUGGAACGCCAGUGGGGAAGUGAUUUUUCUGCGCCAUAUGCCUUUAUUGAGACGUUGAGGGAGCGGAUGUUUAAACCUUCCUUAUCAACCAUCAUUUCUGAAAACACAAAGGCUGCAAUCGUGUCGGCAUCAGAUCCUAUAUGUGUUGCUGCAAAAAAAAUGCGGGAACUGCGAGUUAGUUCUGUUGUCAUGACAACUGGAACUAAGAUUCAGGGGAUCCUUACUUCAAAGGAUAUUCUCAUGCGUGUAGUGGCACAGAAUCUUUCUCCUGAAUUGACUCCGGUGGAAAAGGUAAUGACCCAAAAUCCCGAGUGUGCAACUGUAGAGACAACAAUCCUUGAUGCAUUGCACACAAUGCAUGACGGAAAGUUUUUGCAUCUUCCUGUUUUAGAUAAAGAGGGGUGCGUUGUUGCUUGUGUAGACGUUCUACAGAUCACACAUGCUGCAAUAUCCACGGUUGAAAGUGGUUCCGGAUCUGUUAAUGACGUGGCAAGCACAAUGAUGCAAAAAUUUUGGGAUUCAGCACUUGCUUUAGAACCACCUGAUGAUACUGAUACUCAUAGUGAAAUGUCUGCAUUCAUGGCUUCUGAAGGGAUACUAAACUAUCCAUCUCUAGGUCUUGGAAAUUCAUUUGCGUUUAAAUUUGAGGAUCUGAAGGGUCGGGUACAUCGUGUAAAUUGUGGCACUGAGACCUUAGAGGAGUUGGUAUCUGUUGUCAUGCAAAGGGUUGGUGCUACUGACAAUGCCAGUCGUCCUCUGCUUUUGUAUGAAGAUGAUGAAGGUGAUAAAGUAGUUCUUUCUACGGACGGUGACCUCGCUAGUGCUGUAAACCAUGCUAGAUCCACCGGACUAAAGGUUUUAAGGUUGCAUUUGGAUUUUCCCGAGUCGAUCCAGCAAAGAGAAGCUCCAAUUGAUGCAACAUUAGACCAGAAAUAUGGAUCAUUGCCUAUAUAUUCUGGUGCAUUGGCUGCUGCCAUGGUUCUAACCAGCAUUGGUGUAUUGAUCUACUUGAAGCGCUCUAAGAUGUGAAGUUAAAAGACAAAAAUUAUUGAAAUGCUCGUAAAUUUCGGCAGAAGAAUACAUUACGGUGUCCAAGUUCUUAAAGAAACCGAGAUAGAAAAGGGAAAGAGUUGCAACACCAGUAGCGUUUUAGUAAUAAAAUGAAAAGGAAAACUCGAGGACUGGUUAAGGUUCUUUUUGCUCCUCCGAAAAAGAACAUGGAGGAAUAUAGAUUUCUUCCCAUUUGAUCUGUUAGAAAAAAACUGAGUGGCAUUCAUAAUGCUAAAAAGAUAUCAUGGGAGUACCAUCCUCUAUUUAUAUUAUGGUUGUGUAUUUAUAAAUAAUGUUUUAAAAUGUCAGUAGACUACAUAAUUUGUAAUAUCCAUACUCUUGUAAUUUUUCUCUUUUCAGUAGGGGUGUAAAUAUGUCGGUUCGGGUCGAUUUUCCGUCAAAACCGAUCCGACCCGACUCGAAAAUGUUCGGUUUUUGUU